AUGUUACACCGACUGGUGCGCGUGUCUAACCCAAACACUACUAUACUAUGUGCUUUACAUUUUACACGAGUGGACAUAUUUUACCCGCUGGAAACGUUUAUCGAACGUUUUUAAGGUAAAACCACAACAAAGCAGCCAAUGAACAAAAUGUUACGCUACAUGAAUAUAACGCACAAUAGAAGCGCUGAUAACGCAAACGGCGCAGGAUGGAGUCAUUUAUUUCUGCGGGUCAUUCGCUGCGUUGUAUCCCCCUGAGCCCCACCUUCAGGACAAGCCUCUGCCUGCCCGCAGCGGUGCUGGCCCCCCUCCCCGGGCCGCAGACAGCACCCUCCUACCCGCUCUCCGGAGGGCUGCCUUAAAGGCGGAAGCUUCGGUUCCGCCCGCUUCACUUGCUGGAAGCUGCUGAGACCCGACGCAACACAAGUCGCUCCUGUUAAACUCUCUCAACAAACGCAAACCCCGCUUCUUCGAGGUGCACCAUGAGCAGCAGCUACAGUGUCUCCCUGGCUGGCCCCGCCCCGUGGGGCUUUAGACUGCAAGGAGGGAAGGACUUCUGCCUGCCCCUCACCAUCUCACGGCUGACUGAAGGGGGAAAGGCAGUUAAAGCCGGGAUGAACAUUGGAGAUAUCAUCCUUUCUAUUAAUGGUAUUUCUUCAGAAGGAAUGAAUCACCUCGAGGCUCAGAACAAGAUUAAAGCCUGCACAGGCAACCUCAACCUCACUCUACAAAGACCCUCCACUGUCCUGAAAGAGGAAUCCCACAAGGAAGAGCCUCAGGAAAUCAUUAAGCCUGUGCCCAUCACUCACCCUGCGCCAAGCACCACAUACACCAAGCCACCGAGCCAGCCCACUCCUCUGUACAACAAGACGGCUCGGCCGUUUGGGGGGGGCGGGAGUGGGAUUACAGCCUCUUCCUCCCCCGCUGCUCCAAAAGUUGCCUCUAUUCCCUCCGAAUCAUCAGCUUUCACUCCAGCCGCCCCCUCUCAACCGCCGCAGCCUCUGUUCCCGCUGAAGUCCAGCCUCGCUGCUUCAGAUUCGGCCGCAGUAAACGCGGCUCCCAAAAUCAGCGCUGGACGCUCUGCCUUCACCUCCCCGUCUGCCUCGUCCACCUCAUCUAUCUCCUCAUCCUCACCCAGAGUGACGGCUGUCCCCGCCCAGCCUAAUGUCCCGCAGCCCUCCGUCUAUAACACGCCUAUCAACCUGUACUCCAAUGUCAAUGCUUGUGAAGUGGCUGUUGGACAGAGGCGAGGCCUUUUGGAGAGCCAGGGCGUUUCAGAGCAUGUCAAUGGAGCUCCUCCUCCAACUUCACCUAGGAGGAAAGCUGGUGUGGAGCUUGAAAAGAGUGCGUCCCCUCUGAGCGAGGCCAGCAAGAAACGUCUGAUUGAAGACACGGAGGACUGGCACCCUCGGACCGGUACCUCCCAGUCUCGCUCCUUCCGCAUCCUUGCACAGAUGACCGGCACAGAGAACGAACACAUGCCAGAGAAUGGAAAAAAAGAAGCAGUUGACAAAAGCACUCCCUCUGUUUACACAUCACCUGCUGCAAAAACCUAUUCCAAUUCUGCAGCAGCACCCAGGAAUGGCAGUGUUGUCUCUGGUGCUACAUUUAAGACUCCUUCUGCUCAGAACAAAGCCUCCUUCCAACCUGGAGGUCUUUCAGGAUUACCUAAGGUGGGAGCAGGUCCCUCAUUUGGGAAAAUAGUCAGUCCUGCUCAGAAAGGACCCGACCGUCCCACUCCGCAGCCGCAUCCCGAGGAUCUGAACUCUCUGGUGCAGCGUGCCGAGCACAUCCCUGCUGGUACCCGCACCCCGAUGUGCUGCAAAUGCAACAAAGUCAUCAGGGGCCCUUUCCUCGUGGCCAUGGGCAUGUCCUGGCACCCUGAGGAAUUCAACUGCGCUCACUGCCGCUCCUCCCUGGUAGAAACGGGAUUUGUUGAAGAGAAUAACCAGGUGUACUGUGUGCAUUGCUACGAGCAGUUCUUUGCUCCCACCUGUGCCAGCUGCAACCAGAAGAUCCUUGGGGAAGUAAUGAACGCCCUGAAGCAGACAUGGCACGUGUCCUGCUUUGUCUGCGCUGCCUGCCACCAGCCAAUCAGAGGCAACACGUUCCACAUGGAGGAUGGACAGCCGUACUGUGAAAGGGACUACUACACCAUGUUUGGGACCAACUGCCAUGGCUGCGACUUCCCAAUUGAAGCCGGAGACAAGUUCCUGGAGGCUCUGGGGUUCACCUGGCAUGACACUUGUUUUGUGUGUGCGGUUUGCACCGCAAGCCUGGAAGGGCAGCCUUUCUUCUCCAAGAAGGACAAGCCUUUGUGCAAGAAACAUGCUCACUCUGUCAACAUCUGAUCUUGCUCUAUGGAUGUAGAUCAAAUAGGACAAAGUGCAGGAUUUUAUUGGAUUUUAGAUUUUAGAACAGCUGAACAAAGAGAAACCUGGUCUACCAGUUUGUGAAUUCUGGUAACAUAACAGUUAAUGAAACAAUUCACUAUGCUGUCAAUUUUCAUUCUUUUUUUCUAUUUUUGGAUUGCUUUUCUAAUUGCUUAUAGUAAUUCUUUGGAUAAUAUUUUGAGUAGAUUUCAAUCUACUGUUGCCAUUUGGGCGAGUAGCUUUGAUAAUACAGAAUCAGAGAGAGUACUGAUUGUGGUGUAUUUGUUUUACCCAGAAAACAUGUAGUGACCUACUGAACUUUUUAGGGUGUCAUUAGAAAACACUUUGGUGUUGAAAGCUAUGUCUGGCAAAGUAAGGCUACUGCAAGAUUUGAAAAUCAGGAUUAUUUAAUGUUAAGUAGAAAACAUAUUUAUGAGUAAGCCAAUAUGUUCUCUAAGCUUAACGGGAAGUGUUAUUUGUAUCAUGGUAUAUAUAUAUUUUCUUAAUUUAAAGUUAUACAUUACCACUAGAUAAAUGCAGUGGUUGAUGUGCAAAAGUGUCCACAUAAAAUAUUGUGCAGGUUUGUUAAUGAAUUUUGUAUUUUUUUUGUUUUUUGUAGUCAGUAAUGAUUAAACAGAUUUCAUCAGCGAACUAUUUGGAUGAUUGUAAUGUGUUGUGUUUAUGUAAUGUGCAUAAACUGUUUUCAGUCUGUGGCUUUCAUUAAAAUGCUUCUUUCUCGAAA